AUGUAUUUAGCAGGAUUUUCACUAAAAAGAGUUUUUUCCUAUAUUGAAUUUACUAAUAUUGUAUGUAAUAGCCUCGAUAAAGAUUAUGUCAAUUUCGAUUAUUGCUACUUGAAAUCGGUGAAUCGUUCUUACAAGUAUUUAUCCAUAAAAGCGAAACUCUUAAAACCAGUCACAAAUUUGAAGAUUCGUUAUGCUUUUUUAAAAAGAGAAAAUGGCUAUAAACCAUUUCUAUACAAUAUAACAUUUGAUGGUUGUGGCUUUUUGAAAUCGGCCAACAAUCCAGUAACGAAAUUCCUCUUUGACGCUUUUAAGGAAUACACAAACAUUAACCAUUCCUGUCCAUUUUAUGAUGAUUUCACCCUGGAAAAACUUGAUACAAAAACCUUAGCUGAUAAUUUAUCACGAUUGCCAGUUCCAGCUGGACAAUAUGGAUCUUUAGCAACAUGGUUUAUCUCUAACGUUUCACAUACACAGUACCGUGCACUUAGUUCGUAUACUGAUGGCGAUGGCGAUGGCGAUGGCAGUGGUAGGUUUAUAGAGGUACAGUGGGAAAAACACCACUGCAAACAUUGUCACGAGAGUUGA